AUCCGGAACCUUUUUUCUGCUGCAACUUUGUUUCUUUCGAAUUGUAUGGGCUGUAGAAUUUUGAUCCUGGUGGUCAUGUGAUUUUGAUCAGCCUAGUUAGCUAACUGAUAAAAGUCAACAUUUCAUUCUGUAGUAGGUACAUUUUUGUCGACUUUGCACAAUAAGAGUUAGACUAUAACUUAUAAUAAUGCUGUUGGUGUUAUCUGACGAACAUAAGGAGCACCUGGGGUUUCUGCCAGAGGUGGACUCUGCGGUGGUUGGUGAAUUUGGACGAAUAGCGGUUGAGUUCCUGCGAAAGGGAACAAACCCUAAGAUCUAUGAGGGGGCUGCCAGGAAGCUGAGUGUUGACGCAGAGACCGUACAGCAUGGUGUGGAGGGACUCAUGUACCUGCUCACCGAGAGCUCCAAACUCAUGAUCUCUGAGGUGGACUUUCAGGACUCAGUGCUGGUGCUGGGCUUCACCGAGGAGCUGAACCACCUGCUGCAGCAGCUCUACCUGGAAAACAGGAAGGAGAUCCGACACAUCCUGGGUGAACUCACACCCUCACUGCCACACUACCACAACCUGGAGUGGAGGCUGGACGUGCAGCUGGCUAGUCGUGCCCUCCGGCACCAGGUUAAGCCUACAGUGACUAUGAAGCUGCACCUGGAGGAGAGUGGAGGUGAUAAGAGCGCUAAGGUACUACAGACUGACCCUGCCACCCUGAUGCACCUCAUCCAGGAGCUGGAGAAAGCCCUAGCUGAGCUCAAGACCACCCAUUGCCGCAGGAUCCUACGCAACAUCAAAUAGGGACCUCCGACUGACACAACUAUUGUCCGUUAUUGAACUGGGACAUCACUGAUCUGGACGCGUGCAACAUCAAAUCCUUUGGACAAGGAUUCCUGUGCAACAUCAAAUCCUUUGGACACGGAUUCCUGUGCAACAUCAAAUCCUUUGGACAAGGAUUCCUGUGCAACACCAAACAGGGUUCUAUUCCUUGACCCCGGAACCCUAUGUAAGAGCAAAUAGGGUCCCCCCCUGACAUGAAAUUAUUUCUCAACUUUGAAUUGAGCUCUGCCAGCAGAGGGCGCUACAGCUUAUCAGGAAUAGCAGGGAUAGGAGAUGGGCCACUAUCACAUAGGAUAAAACUUUGUUGCCUGAAGUGCUUAUGUCUCCUUGUCUCCUUUUUUACUUUCUGUUUGGAUCAAGACCCAUAGCCACAGAGUGUCUUGGAGUAGGAGGGCUUAUCUAGGAUCAGUUUAGCCUUUUAGAUCAUAAUGAAUCAGAUUUAUAUGGACAGAUCCUAGAUUAGCUCUCACCUACUCUGAGACGCUUUGUGGACACAGGCCCUGGGAGAGCUGAUCAGGAAAAGUGAAAUAAAAAUGGCAGAGGCCACUUGGGGUAUGCUAUCACCUGUGCAGUUUUAUUCCGAUCAGGGAGGGAGAUGAGGCCACACUAAGGUGUUGAGAUGUAGACAUGUAAAGACAUUGCAAUUCUAAUUCACUUAGCUAAUGGCAAUCACAAUAACCAGAUCAGAAUUAGGUGGGAGGUUAUUUUGGGCAUUUCUAAUGUGGUAUGUUGAGGUUACUGAUGGAUAUUUUCUAACCUUGUGGAAACACAGCACUUGGCAAAAACCCUCAGUUGUAAUCAUGCAGUGCUUUUGGGUUCAAUUUCUUUGAUCAUUGAAUUUGUUCACCUUCACAUGUAAAAGUGUUAAUUGUAUUUUAUAUCACGUUUUUUGUGCUAACAUUUUUUUUGGGGGGGAUAGCCUUGAUUCUUUUCACGGACCAAUUGACCCUUUGCUAAGCCCUGCCCCAGAAUGUUGGGCAACCAAUCGCAUCACUCAAAUGGAUAGCAACUGUCGUCAUGUCCGACUCGGACAAGCUCCUGUUUAAAUCACAUGAAAUCCAGUGAGGACUAUGGAAAAAAACAGUUUUCUUUAAAAACAACAUUUUGCCUAAAUGGCUAAAUAACUGAACAGUGCAGCAGGAGUACUUGAUACUGUGAUUCCUGAAAUACAGAGCCUGUUGAUGGAGUAUUUUUCAAAUCUGAAAUUAUACUAAUAACAUUGUUUGCUAGUUCAGCUGGGUAGCAAGCUCUGUCUCAUUGGUCACCAAAAUGUAGCUGACGCUAGCUAGCUAGCCACUUAAUAUAACUUGUUUUCUCAAUGCAUGUUAGCUAGCUAAGUUAGCAAUGUUAUGAAUACAACUCCUAUCUGGUAUCGACAUCAGGAUAUGAUUUGAAAGCGCUAGUUGGCUCCAAAGGGGGUUAUAGUUUUGACUGCAUGCUGACAGUAAAUUCAAAGCCUUUCAGUGGCUAGCUGCACCACCUAGCAUAAUUUGAUCAGGUUCUCAGGAAACAAUUGUAAUGACAGUCCCACUACAACAUACCCAAGAGUUUCCUGAUUAGCAAAUGUUUAUUUUCAUUAUGUAUUAGAAAACACAGUUUGAGAUCAUUGUGAGGGGAUGUCGUCAGUGGUUGAAUGGGGAAUUGGACAGCACUGGAAAAUGUUUUCCGAUGUUGCAACAGUAACCAAGGAGGGGGCGGCAUAGAGAAGGGUCAAUUAUGGAGGACGGUGAGAGAACACUGCACUGUAUAAUGUAGAGGAUUCAGAAUGUGUUCUUUCUGUUAUACAUCAAGUGUUUAAUUUUUUGUUUUACUUCUGCAUGUCUGACUAAUGUAUUCUUCUAGGAUUUCUGAUGAUUUUUGAGUGGCUGAAUGUUACUUUGAAUUUUAUAAAGCAAAAAAGUUAAAAUGUU